UGUUAAACAAGGCUCUGGUUGCCUGUCACUGCCUGUUGUAGCCAUGUCAGGUGUCAUAUUUUGCCAAAGCUGAGGUAGCCCUUUUCUCCUCUCGUGCAGCUUCCAAUUAAUUUCCAGUGUUGUUUUAAUCAGGGUGAACAAAAGGCUCUUUGUCCCAGUCCCCCAGCAGCCUGGGAGCAGGGAAGGGAAAGAGCAGAGAUCUCUAAGAAUGCUGCUGAGCCAGGACAGCCAGCUUAGGAGAAGAAUCCUCUCUUGCCCAACCAGUGACCAGCAGGUUGCUCGUUUUUGGACUGUUUGCCUGUUCCUCUCCCCUACUCAGGAAAAGGCUGGGUUACUCCCAGGAAUGUGCCUGACCCAACACAAAUAGCAGCUGGUGGGAAUCCUGGGAAUGCUGUGUUCCCCCAGGAUUGUUUCCUCUGCUGCCCCCUGAGCACCUUGUGAUCACAGGCUCUGUGUGCUGCCCAUUCCCAGGGGGAAGUGAUUAAUCCACUUUCUCUUUAGUGCUGGAGCAUCUGGAUGCUUCCUGCAGGGUGAUGGGGACAUUGCCACCGAGUCACACCUGGAUUUAAGCCCAAGGCAGGCUCAGUUUUGUCUGGCAAGAUUUGAAACAAGAUUUUUGAAAACCUCCACUGCACGGAGCCAAAAACCAGCUCCCACUGGAGUAUCUGUGAACUGGAGUCUCCAGAAAUACCACAGGACACUUCCCCCAGCCUAGGAAGUGCUCAGAGACAUGGAUUUGAUCUUUGCUCCGUGUUGUGCAAGAGCUUGGCAUAGAAGCCAAGUCCCUGGGGCAUCACCUGUCUCGCCUAGCAGGGCUGGGAUUAACUCACUCACUGGGACAGUGUCUUCCUCCUGCUGUAGCCCAUUAGCCCCGGUUAAUGGGGUCAUUCUGUCCCCUCUGGGCCACCAGGCAGAAGUGUCACCCCCAGCCUUCAUCCUUAUCUGGGAGUUCUGGGGCCAGGCAGAGUGCACUGGAUGAGACAGCAAGUGCUUCCCGAACCCAAACUGCAUUUGCCCGGAGGCAGAAAUUCCUGUAGCUCCCCUUCAAACCCUACUGGGCGCUCGGGAGCACGCUGCCAAACCCUCCGGGUGUGUUUGUAAAAUUUACCCGCUAGUUUCUGAAGGCUGGAUGUGCCUGGAGGGUGUGGAGGGGUCUGACGUGACCGCGGAGCAGAAACCUGAACAGAACGGGGAGGAGGCAACAACAGUGGAAGCAAAAAAUAUUUCAGGAUUGGAAGCGUGCCAAGAGAACUCUUUGCAGGAAACAUUUCUGUGCCGGCAAGGUGUAGGAAGUUUUUUCCUUCCCCCUCCAGUUCAUGACCUUGGUGCACGGCGGCGCCGGGGUCCCGCUGUGUCCCAUGGCGGCUGGCAGCGGGAUGCCCAAAGCCGCCGCAGUCUCGGGCGGUGCCAGGGCUCGUCGGGCCGGGGCAGCGGCGCGGUGCCAGCCCGGGCCGGUUCCCGUGCUUACGUCCCGCGGGCGUGUCCCUUAAAUCCCGCACGGGAGCGGCACGGGGCAGGCAAGCGCCAGCGGAGCCGAGCGGAGCGGUGCCAGCGGAGGAGAGAUGGCCUCGGUGGGUCCCUCCGCAGCCUCCACACAGCCCGCCCUGCCCUCCGGACCCGCCGUCUUCAAAACCAUCCCCUACGCCUUCAUCCUGCCGGAGAUCGUCUGCGGGACCUGGGUGUGGAUCCUCGUCGCUGCUACCUCCGUCUCCUUGCCGCUGCUGCAGGGAUGGGUGAUGACAGUUUGUACCACGGCGCCACGGCCAUUCUGUACAUGAGCGCCGCUGUCCUGCAGGCCAACGCCACCAUCAACUCUGAGUUCAGUGCCAAUGCACCACUCAACUACCAGCUCAACAGCGCCGCUUCGUUCUUCGCCUUCCUCACCACCUUCCUGUACAUCCUUCACGCCUUCAGCAUCUACUACCAGUGAUCCUGGCAGCACCAGAUUCACCCUGACAGGAGGAGGGCUCUCCCAGUGUGAGAGAGCCUGCUGUCGUCCCAAGGCGUCCCUGCUCCAGCCCUGUCACCAGGCCUCAGGAACAGCAAGUCCUUUUGCACUUCAUCACAGGAGGGAUUUUGCUGGCACACGUUUAUGUGCCUGUGGGACAUUUCCUGCCUUACCUGGGGGAGGGACUUGCAAGGGGAGGGACUGGGUGCAGGCCCCAAGCCUCCAAUACCAACAUUCUGCCAAAUAUUGAGAACCAUGGGAAGAGAAAAAAAAAACAAUCACUGUUCCUUCAGCAAACAAUCUCCUUUGUUAUGUAAUUUGCCUUUCUCCGGUUCAGCUCCAUCUCUCCCCGACACAAGUUCAUAACAAUGAUACAAGAUUGUGUUCCUUGACUUUCAGAUGGCUUCAUUUGGUAAAUGCUGUAUUUGGAAUAAAGUGUCAACGGACAGA